UGUGUAGUUUACUCAAUAAAAUAAUAUCUGCUCGUUCUUAUCCUGCUCGCUACUCUCCACUCAAAUGGCGCUAUCCUUAACCAUCAGCAAUGGCAUCAGUAGCAGUAGCAAUGCAAAUGGGGGCCCAAUCCUUCCCAACAACCAGCUACCCUUCGGCCUCCCUCAUCGCCGCAACGUCCUCUUCCCAAUCUCCCCCAGAACCUUCCACUUGACCUCCGCUGCCAAAAAGUUCUCUUCCCGAACCGGACGCUUCGAUAGCAAGAACCGGAGGAGCAAUCUCACCACAAAAGAACAAGAUGAGGAACAGGAGCUCAAACGGACGGCGGAGAUUGAAGAAUCGAACAUUGCUGUUGGAGUUGGAUUGGAGGACGUUGGUGGGAGUUCGUCUGAGAUUUCGGCUGAUGGUAAGCCGUUCCCCGAUCUUCCGGGCCUUCAGCCGGAUUUAUGGGAAGGUCCCAAAUGGGAUGUUUUCGGUUUCCUUGUUCAGUAUUUGUGGGCUUUUGGCAUCGUUUUCGCGUUAAUUGCAUGCGGGAUUGCUGUGGCGACUUAUAACGAAGGGGCAACAGAUUUUAAGGAGACUCCUGCAUACAAAGAGUCGAUCCAAUCUCAAGAGCUAUUAGAACAACCUGAUGCCUCUAAUUCAGACGUCUUUGAAUCAAAUCCUACUGAAGUUGCACCCAGUUUGGAAUAGUUGCUGAAAGUGGAAUCAGAUUCUGCCCUAAACCAUCGACUGCUUUUCUAAUGAACGCUCUCGGCCUUGGAAGUUAAGGGACACUUUUCAGAGGAUGGAUGCUAAAGUUGCAGACAAUGGUGAUGGCUAAUUAAUAUCAUGUAAAGCAAAAUUCAUAACAGCUCAUAAAAGUUGACACUGUUAAACUGUUCUACCCUUAUUUUUGGUUUAUAAUCAAGUCCUUAAAUUAUUCGGGAUUAUAUGAAAAGAAUAACAAACGGAAUAAGCAUCUCAUGGUAUGUUAAUGGAGAAAGCUAUAUAUAUACAAUUAUUCUUCAAA